CUUUUCUUUUUUUCUGUCUUUCUUUCUCUCUCUUUAAUAAUAGACACAUAUUAUGGUCGCAGAAACAAGAUAUUAUGAGAUUCUAGAAGUAGAAACAGAUGCUACAGAGCAUGAAAUCAAAAAAGCUUAUAGAAAACUGGCAAUGAAGUAUCACCCUGAUAAAAACCCUGAAGAAGGCGAAAGAUUUAAAGAAAUCUCGCAUGCCUAUGAAAUCUUGUCUGAUCCACAAGCUCGUGCUGCGUACGAUCAAUAUGGAGAAGAAGGACCUGGUGGCUCAGGUGGUGGAUUUGGUAUGUCUGCUGAUGAACUCUUUGCUAAUCUCUUUGGUGGAGGCGGUGAUUUUGGUUUCGGAGGAGGCUUUGGUGGAGACUUUCAUGGUGGACCUCGUCGUCCUAGAAAGGGUGAAAGUAUGAAAUAUCCUCUCUCUGUUACUCUCGAAGAUCUCUAUUUGGGUAAACACACGAAGCUUGCACUCGAAAAGAAUGUUAUUUGUUCAAAUUGUGA